UUCUUUUCUAUUUUCCGCGGGCGGAACCAAUCCUAAACUCCGUGUGCAACACGACGGGUUUUAUCGGCUACACCGGAUCGUCGCUCGGUGAAGCUAACCGGGAAGCAUGCCGAAGUUUUACUGUGACUACUGUGACACCUACCUCACACAUGACUCGCCGUCGGUGAGGAAAACCCACUGUAGUGGUCGAAAACACAAAGAGAAUGUGAAGGACUACUAUCAGAAAUGGAUGGAGGAGCAGGCCCAGAGCCUCAUCGAUAAAACGACGGCGGCGUUCCAACAGGGAAAGAUUCCUCCAACGCCUUUCCCUGGAGGCCCUCCACCAGGUGGCCCCCCACGGCCAGGCAUGCUCCCCACCCCCCCCAUGGGAGGCCCCCCCAUGAUGCCAAUGAUGGGCCCCCCUCCCCACGGAAUGAUGCCCGGCGGUCCAGGAAUGGGCAUGCGGCCCCCAAUGGGAGGCCACAUGCAGAUGAUGCCGGGACCUCCCCACAUGAUGCGGCCCCCCCGACCUAUGAUGAUGCCUGUGCGCCCAGGAAUGAUGCGACCAGACAGAUAAAAACGUUUUUCUAUUUUAAAUUUUUUAAAACGCCUUUUUUGUUUCUCUUCCCUUUGUCGUCUUGUGAGGAAGCAUUGCGACAUGCUUCUGCUACGGACUUGGCCUGUUUUCAGUGUUUGGUUUAUUUUUCAACGUUUUAAUUCCGAUCCGGUCACACAGAGUUUCAGUCACUGUAUUUUGUCACCUGAUUUGAAACGCAGUUGUGAUUUGGGUUGCAGUUGAUUUUUGUUAAAUAAAAUGGCACACAUGUCCUCUUGUUUAUAGCUACAAUUUGUAAACGUCACGUUUUGAUUACAUUUUUUGAAAUGUUUUAGGAUUGUGUUCAUUUGUAUUGUUUUGACAAAUAAACAAUAGUUUUUGAACAUC